UGAUACUUUUUCUGGAAAAUACAGUUAUCAGUAUGAUUUACGUAAAACCAAUGUCCUCAAAGUAACACUAUAUAACGCAACGGUGACAACGCAGAAUAAAAAGUCACUCAGCAUACGCUUUCUACGGUUUACCUAAGCAAAAUGAAGAUGCAGUUAUUUCAAUUGGCCGGUGCAAUUGCACUACUUUCGAUUUUUUGCGGUGCCCGAGAUUUGGAACAAAAGCAAGGGAACAGGGUCGCGUACCAGAUAACGUUUAAGAGCAUGGAGUGCUUAGAGUGGAACAUAGGCCUGUUGUCAUUUGACGAAUUGUGUCCGAUCUUCCAGAGUUCAGGUUGUAGCUCAGUACCAUGGGAUGGGGCUGUCGAAUGUGUAGCUAACAAAAUCGCGUCCUUUAGCGAACAACAGGCCAUCGCUUUUUUGGGACCGAUCGUACCGACUAUUAACAGGCACAUUGAAACUUUGAAUUGCACCAAACUGUCCUUGGAAGGUAUCUGUCCUCGUCUGUGCACUAUACCUGGCGCUAAUUUGUGUCCAAACAAUCAGCUUGAUUUGUAUGCGCUAAUUAAUUAUGUACAGAACAAUGAUAUCGUACCUCAAUGUUAAUGGUACCAAUAAAUAACCUUUUAGAGUCA